GCAACACAGGCCACGCCCCCAGCGCCAUGACUUUAAAUAGCAGCCUUCACUUCCCUCGGUACCACCACUGCGGGAAAACUGCAGCAUCCGCUCAACCAGAAGCAUUCCAGCCCUUCAACUAACACCAAAACGAUGGCCACCAAAGAAAAACUGAUCAGCCAUGUGCUGCAGGAUAAGUCCGUGGGCAGCAGGAACAAGGUGACGGUGGUCGGUGUCGGCAUGGUGGGCAUGGCCACCGCCAUGAGCAUACUGCUCAAGGAUUUGUGUGACGAGCUGGCACUGGUGGACGUUAUGGAGGACAAGCUGAAGGGUGAAGUCAUGGACUUGCAGCAUGGCUCCUUCUUCCUUAAAACACACAAGAUUGUGGGAGACAAAGACUACAGCGUGACAGCCAACUCCCGGGUGGUGGUGGUGACCGCUGGCGCUCGUCAGCAGGAAGGAGAGAGUCGUCUUAAUCUGGUGCAGCGCAAUGUCAACAUCUUCAAAUUUAUCAUCCCAAACAUUGUCAAGUACAGCCCCAACUGCAUCCUGAUGAUUGUCUCUAACCCAGUGGACAUCUUGACCUACGUGGCCUGGAAGCUGAGCGGCUUUCCACGCCACCGAAUUAUUGGCUCAGGCACCAACCUUGACACAGCCCGUUUCCGCCACCUAAUGGGAGAGAGGCUCCACCUUCACCCUUCCAGCUGCCACGGUUGGAUCAUUGGAGAGCACGGAGACUCCAGUGUGGCCGUGUGGAGCGGCGUGAAUGUGGCUGGCGUUAGUCUUCAAGGCAUCAACCCUAGCAUUGGGGUUGAUGGAGAUGGUGAUGACUGGAAGAGCGUGCAUAAGCAAGUUGUUGAUGGGGCUUAUGAGGUGAUCAAGCUGAAGGGUUACACUUCAUGGGCCAUUGGGAUGUCUGUGGCUGAUCUGGUGGCAAGCAUCACCAAGAACAUGCACAAGGUGCACCCCGUGUCAACACUUGUCAAGGGCAUGUACGGCGUGAAGGAAGAGGUCUUCCUGAGCGUGCCUUCCGUCCUCGGCAACACCGGCCUUACAGACGUCAUCAACAUGAACCUGAAGCCCGAGGAGAAGAAGCAGUUGGAAAAGAGUGCCGAGACACUGUGGGCCGUUCAGAAGGAGCUUGUUCUGUAAAGCACCUAUGGAGCGCCUUGUUGCUACACUCCCACCUGAAGCUGCAUCACACCAGAAGACACUGCAAUGCAUUAUUCAUCCUGCCGUCUAUGCCCCCUUUCAGACUGGUGGUAUUCUGAAAAGUGUCAUUAGUUCAACACGUGCUAAGUUACUGUCAGUUUUGUGACCGCAUAGACAAAAAUAUUUAGCCUUGAAAGUCAACCUGCUAUGGAGAUAUUGAGCGUCUAUGUUCUGUGUGCACUGGUAUGCUUCUUCAAUACACUCCUUGUGUGCUUUGUGUGUA